AUGGCUCCGGUACUUCUCGAUCAGCCGAACGGCCAGCAGAUGGUGAAAACGGCAGACGAUCGGGUUCCCCUCAAAGUCUCCCAUCCCAAUCCCUCAUUGCAGAUAACCGCCGACCAGAAGUUGAAAUCUGUCGACACGCCUGUUUACGCCCCCAAACCAGGCGAGGCACUGGUUCAUAUCAAAGCAACUGGAAUUUGCGGGUCGGAUCUUCAUUUCUGGAAGACCGGGCGCAUUGGAUCAUUGGUGUUUGAAGGUGACUGCACCAUUGGCCAUGAAGCCUCGGGUAUCGUUCUGCAAUGCGGCGAGGGGGGUGACCGGGUGGCCGUCGAACCUGGUGUUCCCUGUGAACACUGUUUCCUCUGUGAUGAGGGCCGUUAUAACCUGUGCGAUGAUGUCCAGUUUGCCGGUGUUUACCCUUAUGAAGGUACCAUGCAGCGUUACAAGAACCACCCUGCGAAAUGGCUGCAUAAGCUACCCGACAAUGUCACUUUCGCUGAAGGCGCACUUCUCGAGCCUCUUUCGGUGGUGAUGCACGGCGUCAAGUCGGCUGGUCUUUCGUUGGGCCGCGGUGUAGUUGUAUGCGGUGCAGGCCCAAUUGGCUUGAUCGCCUUAGCUGCAGCACGUGCCUCGGGCGCACACCCUAUCGUGGUGACGGAUCUCGAACCGGCUCGACUGGCGUUUGCGAAAGAAUUUGUCCCUUCCUGCAUUACCUAUGAGGUGGACCGUACAAAGGAUUCGCAAGGUAACGCAGAGGCCAUUCGUGCUCUCUUCGGGUCUGGCGAAUAUUUUGCUCCGGAGACCAUACUUGAGUGUACCGGUGUCGAAAGCAGUGUAUGCACUGCUGCAUACACUGCACGGCGGGGAGGCACCGUCAUGGUGAUUGGUGUAGGAAAGGCGAUCAUGAACAACUUACCUUUUAUGCAUAUUUCUCUCGCCGAGAUCGAUCUCCGGUUCAUCAACCGUUACCGUGACACCUGGCCGCCAGCAGUCGCCUGCCUAAGUGGUGGCAUCUUGGACCUGAAGAAACUUGUAUCGCAUCGUUUCCCUCUUGAAAAGGCCCAAGAUGCGCUCCACCUUUGUGCUGAUACUCGAAAUGGUAGCAUCAAGGUGUUGGUUGUCGACGAGCAGGAUGUUUCGUUAUAG